UUGAUUUUCCAAAAUCAAUUCUAUUGUAGCCUGAAAUCUUAGCCCGAAAUAUCUGUGGUCUACAUUCACGUCGCCUGCGCGUGUUCGGCUGCAUUGUUCAGCUUCAGUGCAAUCUUGACUCUUGCCUAACGCGAUACGUUUGGCCUUUUCCCCCGAGGCAACCCCCAGAACUGUUGGACGUUCUGGGGGUACCUCAAGGCCUCUUGUCUUCCUGAGGUGAUUACCCUACAAAUGAAUUUCAUUCAAAGAUAACCGAUUUCAACAUGAGCCCUGAGGAGCAGCAGUUGGAAAAAAUAAAAUCCAAAAGUUUUCCUUAAGUUUCCUCUUCCACGUGUCAGGACGCUUUUGUUUGUGUGCGCUUCCUUUCAAACCUUCUUCCAAAAUAAUCACCACUUAUUGCUUUGAAACAUUUGAAUGAAAAAUGACACAGGCCUAGAGCGUCAGGAAUCUGUUGAUUGUUCAACAGUGGGCUGCAAUGGCCUCUCAGUACAACUCAAGACAAAGUCUAAGAGGCAGGCCACCUGCUGCACCAAGCAGACGAUGGUCAACGGUCGGUCAACCAACAGGAAAGGCAAACUACCGACCAAUGACAACAAGCAUGUCCAGAAGGCCAUCUCAACAACAACAGCAACGGCCGCUCCAACAAGACAGUAUCCAAGAAGCAGAGAGAAGUGAGACAACACCAACAGAAAAUAAACAGCUAAGCAAUCCUGUUCCACCCUCCAAGAAGCGUUACUCUUACCGCCAGCCCUCCGAUCCCAAGGUUGCUGCCGAGAUUGAGGUAUUGACCAAGUACAUGACGGAGACCAACCUCAUGAAUGCCAUGAUGGCGGUCUGCCAGUCAGUCCUGAGACAGGAGAGUCUUCCCUACAAUCCAUACCCCGAGUUUGUGAGACAAAUCAGACAUGAUGCCGAGAGGUUCCACAUGUUUGCUCAAACCACUAAAGCCAUCCAGGCAACACUUACUAGCCAGCUGCAGUCGACAACCACACCCCACAUCUAUGGGGUCAAAGGUCACAGCAAUGCCUGGGGUCUAGAGCCUGUGAUCAAUGCAGUCAACCCGCAGGCAUUGAAGCGUUACGAUUCCCUGAUUGAGGACGAAACUCCAACGAAACUUGUCCUCUCCGAUGAGCAACAAGAGUACAGUGGUCAGAUUUUGGUUGCCAUAGUUGGGCCAGCUGCUUUCACAGGGACGAUUUAUCAUGAGGUACCUUCUGUAGACCUGAGAGUUGAGUACAUUAUUUAUGGUCCAGAUGUUCAAACGGCUUUGUUGAUCUUCAACAGCUGCAUAUCUGAGGACAUCCGUCGGCACUUAUCAACAGACUGUCCUCACAAGAUCUUAGGAAUUCUUGUGCCAAAAUCUGGACCUAAUAGCCAGGUCACCAACUCUAGCGAAAUUGAGUUUUGGACCGUUGAACAGGCCAGGGAGAAAUGGGAUGAAUUCUGGGACACGGUGAGAGAUGCUGUUCUACAGAAACGACCAAUUGUAAUACAGUGUUUGUUUCUCCUUGACCAUGAAAACAACGAAUACCGCACUGGAAACAAGCAGUUUAUUUUACACUUCGUGGAAACCUCUGAGAAUUCAGAAAAGGAAAAGUUUAGGAGUUUUGCUGAGCUGCCCUACAUGACCCUGUACGAGGGUGUCUUCCUCAAGAAGGCCCAUGCCGAGGCCUAUGUCAUGACGCUGAAACGGCUCCAGGAUAAUACCAACCAGACCGCUGCCAACAGGCAGAGGCCUGACAUGGAAGACAGCCUAGCUUCACUGCAUGAAGCUGAGAGGGACGAUGGGAAUGACCUGAUCUACGCUGGUGAGGUCAGAGAACCAAUCCGAGAGAAAUGGCAGCGGCAAAUAGCUAAGUUGCACCCAGUCAGAGACGCCUUCCGACUGGCUCAUCUUACCCUUUUAUUGGCCCUCUCAGACAGUAGCGUUGAAGGGUCAGAGGUCAGGAUUGAAGUGUAUCGAUUUCUACACAGCACAGCUGCGUCAUUUCACACAACUACAGUUCUCAACUCAACCUUACAACUUCUGGCUCAUACCACAAACCAAAAGAAUUCUGACGACCAGAGGUUAUUGACCAAGCAGUUCGCCGAGUACAAGACCAGGUUACUGGCAACCGUUGAUCCAGAGUUACACGCAAGAUCCUCAGAGUUCCAUGUCGCUCACACUGUCCUUGGCAAGGUCAUGGAGCAGAUGCUAGCACCGGAUUCAUCAGACCCCAGCAAAUUGAUCUUAAAGUCACUGGACUUGAACACGUUGCAGUUCAUUCAAAACUACUGCACUUCACUGCAGUUCCUGCUGAUAGAGGAUGCCAUGUUUUUCUUCAAACGUCUGAAUUUCAAGACUUUAGUGAGCGGGUGCAGGGAAGCUUUCAACAGACAAGCUGCAGGAACAACUAAUGGGAGCAAAAGGAAGCCACACCAAGGUAAAUCCUCCAAGAGUAAUACGUCCAUCGCAGCUUCAACUCCCGACCCUGUCAAGAUAAAUCAUGGAGUAGAAGCGAAGGAGAUUGUGCAGCAGAGAAAUAUUGUAAUCGAUGUUGAGGAAGUCAAAUCCUUCAGUAACUGGCCUCGGAUCAUGGUCACAGAGGCAGUCCUCAUGCAGUUCAUGGUGGACGUCAAGUUGGACCAAGUCUGGCUUGAGUUCUUGUUGGAGUUGAUGACAGGCGAUCGCCUCCCUCCAAACCCUUACCCUCGCCUCGUCACUGUGCUCCGACAAGCUGCUCACAGAAUGCAGCUGUGUUCAGAGACCAACUCUGCUCUGUCCUCCAAACUCCUGCAUCCAGAGCAGGUGAGACUAGUGGAUCACAUCAACACCAUCCACGGUGUGACCAGCAUAGGGGCAUAUGGACUGUCCCAUUGCUCAUUGGCUGGGUUGGAUGCAGAGCCAUUAGGCUUUGUCAAGAUUGCCAAACUGACUGACAAAUUAGCCAACAGGGAGGUGGCGGCAAGACGGGGACAGUUUCAGAUCGCGGUUAGCCAAGCAAUUGGAAAGAACUGUGCCUUCUAUGGCCGUCUGGUACCCUACAUCAACAUACUACAUCUCUAUGACCAUUACUACAUCAGAGGGAACAUUGGUGCAGAUGGGGAUGCCAUCCAGCUGUAUGCCAAACUAGUAUAUGACUACAUCACUGGUGUGAUCGCUCAGAACCAGUAUGUGGUCCUGGGUGUCUAUUUUGAUGACAGCGACCGUUAUAUGAGUGAUGAAGAUUUGGAGACUGAAAAGGCAACAUUCCUCUCACAUGUGGUGGAUGCAGCCAGGAAGAAAGAAGAUGUGUAUCUGAAGAUUUAUCAGCCUAUCGGCUGGCGCUAUCUCUGUAUGCACAAGCACUUUGUCCUGCACUAUCUAUUUGUUGAUAACACGGAAGACAGGCAUGAAUGCUUCAGCCCUGAUAAUCCAUCCACUAUCUACCAGUUUGUUUUCCUAUCGUUGGAAGAGGCGGCUGCGCACUCCCGCGGAGGUAGACCCAAGCAAUUAGGCAACAUUGAGGCUACCGCCAACAUGAAGCGUGUCAGUGAUUAUCUCAACAAAGAAAUAGAGGGCGCUCUUCAAGAACACCAGGUGGUGCAAGCAUAUGAGCUCAUCAUCUGUAACGCACUCAUCAGUAAGGAUAAGGAGUUCAUUGCCAAUGCCUGGAGGGUCCUGCACAGUGUUGCCUACCAACUCAACUACAUUCAGAUCAUCAACAGGGACCUACAGACCUUGGUCCAACAUGCCUUGACCUUCCCCAAGAAGCUCGUCAGAGCUGUUCCCUCUAAUCAGUCCCUGACGAAGGGGCGGGGGAACAAGACAAAGGGGGAGGCCGAACCAACCAGCCAGGGCCCGUUCACUGAUACAACCCUCAGCAGAUUCUUCAAUGCCUACUGCGAUAAGCUGUCCAGUAUUCUUCAAGACCCCUGUGCCUUUGUCCCCUCAUCUCUGGUGGAGAUGAUCCAGGAGAAGUUGAAGACAGUCACUGAUAUCAAUAACAAGACGAGCAAACAUACCCUACGCAUUGAGCUUGAGACUGUGGUUACUCUGAAGGAAGUCUAUCAGCUGGUACAACCUGUACAAGAUUGGACAUCAUUUGACAUUCACCAAGCUAUAUCUCAGCAUGCUCAUGGCAAUGAAGCACCACAGGAAUAGAUCGAGUCGUGCAGAAAACUUUUUGCACCGCCUUCCAACUAUCAAGUUUUUGUUAUGUUGAACCAGUCGCCAUUUCUUUGACAAUCCAGUCAAUUUGGUCAAUAUUACAGGGAGGCAUUUUUUUCUUUUGGGGAGUUUUUGGGGUUUCAGUUGUCUUUUUUGUUUCAUUGUAGUCUCCCUUGGCCAUAAUAAAUUGAAUUGGAUGGACUUCCAGGACUUAAUUAUCCAUAAUUGUUUAACUCUGCAAAACAAGUUGUCCUGCAGGAGUUUUACAAUUCUUUUUGCAACUGUUUGAGCGAAACAUUCAUAACAGUUUGUCACUGUCACCUACGUGGAUGGGUAUCUCACAUAUUUAUAAGGGUUUCUUUAAAAGUAAGAUUGUGUUCUGACUUAAAUUUUCAAGUCAGUUUUGAGAUGUUUGUGAAAAGUUUACAUUCUAUUGUGUGAUGACCAUGUUGGAAGUUCGUAGAAGUUCAUUUGUUGAUUUUUAAUCAACAGUCUGAUCAUAAAUUUGUGCAAUUUAAAAUGCGUUGCUAAAAUUUUAUUUGUAUAAAUGUGAGAGAUUCUCUGGUUUUAAGAAAAAAUUCCAAACCAUUAUAUUUUAUAUAAAUUUGUUGAGAGCUUCCUUUGAGAUUGAGGAUUUUAAUUAUUAAAAAUGUAGUAAUGCAA